GAGGCAGGGGCGCGCAGCAGGAGCCCACGGGCAUCAUUUGUCCUCGUGGAAUUUCGCGCUUCUGCGGUCAAUCUACUGAAUAAUUCCCUUCAUUUACACUUUUAAUGUGUACGAAAUCUAAGCAUUAGCCAGGCGAAAGAACGUCUUUUAAUGUAGCCUAUUUGAUCAGAGAGUAGGCUGAGGCUGGUACUGGAGACCUGGCGUGUAGCGUCACGGGCGGCGUGUCAUUCCACUCGGAUCACGAAGCCGCUUGAUUCGGAGCUCCGCUGUCUGCGAGUCGUGGCAGAUUGUAUCAUUUAAGUUCUAUUUUUCAAAGGAUGCAAACGUAACCGUUUAGUCUGCUGUAACGGAAAGUGUACUGGAAACAGCAUGUCCUUCUACGCCGUCAUUAUAACGGUCCUCUGUAUCAUUUUCUCGGCUUGGCAGGUGAGUGCAGAUGAGGACUGCUUGUGGUAUGUGGACAAAAAUGGCACCUGGCACAAUGGCUUUGAUUGCCCACUCAUAUCCUUCUGCUGUGGGAACUGUCACCGCCGCUACUGCUGCCUGGAUGGCUUCAAGAUGAUCACCGAGGCGGGACAGAAGCGCUGCAUGCUGUUCCAUCUCAGCCCUUCCACUAUAGCUGGCAUUGCUUCAUCCAUCCUGCUCUUUGUGGCUGCUAUAGCCACCAUGGUCUGUUGCUUCAUGUGUUCCUGUUGUUACCUGUACCAGCGCCGCCAGCAACGCGGCAGAACUCCAUAUGAAGCCCAGCAUAUUCCAAUGGCCAGGUAUCCUGUGGAGCACAUGUACGAUGCUUCUGGUAAACCCAUUGGACAUCCUGAUUAUCCUGGAUAUCCAAUGGUGCCGCAGUAUCCAGGUGUCCCCCUCCAGUAUCCUAUGAUGGUCCAGGGUCCUUAUCCUCCUAAUCAUCCUGACGCAGGAUACAGUCAAGCAGCUCCUCCGCCGUAUUCCCCUCCCCAGUACCCAGGGCACUGAAAGAGCUGAAGUCCCUCAAUGAGGAGAAGAUAACCCAUGAAGUGGGUGAUGAGGAGGGCCCAUGCUUGUGAGGAAUCCUUUAAAUGAGAAGCCGUUUUAAAAAAUGAUUUAUGUUAUUUAUAUCUUGAUUAAUUUAUUGAGUGAAGCAUGAACUGACCUCAAAAUCGACUCACGCAUCGGAGUGUUUUCUUGUUUGAUGUACAGCUUUCAUGUGUCACUAAUCAGUGCCCACUUUAAUCCAGCAACUCACAGACUCAAAAGACUGCUUUAAAUGUGCCAUUAUGUUUUGUCCAUCUCUCCGAAAUGGACUGUUAAAUAUGACUGUCUUGCAGUGGAGACUGGCUGCCAGUUCUGAUUCACCCAGGAUAUCGUUCUUUGUUCAACCGAAUGAGAAGAAGCUUAUAUUAUUUGCACUUUAUUCUGCAAUAGACAUGUUCAAAAUGUAUUUAUUUGACCGCUAAUCCGAGCAUGUCACUUGCAUCAUUAACAUCAAAUCAUGCUGUAUGCUUUUCAUGUCUUAUAGACAGCUAACAUGCAGUAUGUAUAUAAGAGAGAACUUACAUUAAGAAUGAAUUUCAUGUUUCAUAGCAUCCAACCAAACAUCAAUCUGUGCAUUUGCAGUUCAUCAACUGUUUUUAGAUCUGGCUUGAGCAGCUGUAAAGUUAUAGUUUUGCAUGUCUUUAACUAUCUCAUGCUACAAAGGCCAGUACAAUAACUGUAAUGUUUGAAUUCAAUUAGCUGUCCGUCUGUGCAUUUUUAUUUGUUUAAAAAAGCUUUUUGAUCUAUAAAACAUUUUUAUAGAUAUAAAACACUAAAUAUAAUAAAACACUACAGUCAUUUAUGUUGUUUUGUUACAUCUUCACAGUGAUGUAUGUUUAAACAAAGUUCCUUUACUUUUCCCUCCAAAUUCUGAGAAGGAAAUCUGAAUAGUGAUAUGAAAAAAAAUGGCAAGAUAUAAAAUUGGAAUUGUGAGAUGGCAAAAUUUUCAGUGUGAUUUCAUGCAUUCAGGAACUUCAUACAUUGCUACACUAAUGACAACAAACAACAGACCUUUUUACUUACAAAUUGUUGCUGAAAUUUCACUAAUGUGAUCACACAUAAAGGUGGGUUUUUUCCCAUUCAUAUUAACAAGAGUGGACCUUAAUUAAUUUUCCUUAAUUAAAGUUCAUCAUAAAUGACACUUUUCAUUGAUAGAUUUGAAUGUAAAUUAAAAGUACAUUCUAAUUAAAAUGAGUAUCAGCUUAAAAAAAUAAUCUGUUGCAUUUGUUACAUUUACUUUUAAAUUAUUUCUGCUACCUCAUCAUCUCACAUUUGUAAGAUUAGUUGUGAUGCUUUUUGCAUUGUUUAAAUAACUAGUUAGUUAUUUAAAUUAAUGUAUAAUUAACAGUGUUGUUUUGCUAUAUACAGGAUAUGCUCCUGUAUUUGUCACUUUGGAAUGUGAAGUAAAAAUAAGAAAAGGAUCUAUAAAGAAGAAUUUUUACAAUGUGGAAUAUUAACAGGUAUUUUCAACUUGGGGGGGGGGGGGGGGGUGUAAUUAAUAGGCUACUAGUGUUUGUAGUGGCACUAAUCAUCCUGUAAGAAAGGUCUAAUUGAACAGACUGUAUAAGGAGUAUUGCAUAAUCUCUUUUUACAAUAAAAACAGAAUUGACUUUGCAUGCUGUCUCCAUUGAUGCAGUUCCUGAAAUCA